ACGCCUGCAGCUGGGUAGCAGCUCGCGGCGCGGCGCGGCGGUGGCGGGCAGCGAGCGGCAAUGCCGGCCCCGGGGCUGGACUGCUGAACCCACGCCGCCUCACCACCGAACUCAAACUGGGAGGGGGCGCCAGCGCACCCAGGACGCGGUGCCCCAAGGGACCCCACUCCAAGCUGCAAACUCAAGUCCCCCGCCUCCCCGGGCCAAACACACCCCCGCGCCCGUUCGCAGCUGCCACCCCGGGUGUUCCAAAGGCUCCGGCAAAGAUCUUCGCCUCCCGGAGCUUCCUACCCGCCAACCCGACUACUCCGCAUCGCCACCGCUGGCCCCCGUCAGACUCUGCCCGGCAGUCGACUUCAUCGAACUUGAUUUCUCACCUCCUCAGCCCCAUCACCUCCAUCCCCUUUUCCCCCGUCUCGCCUCCACCCCCCCAAUUUCCUCCUCGCCCCUCAUUUCCACCCUCCUCCCCCUCCCCCGGCCACUUCGCUAACUUGUGGCUGUUGUGAUGCGUAUUCCCGUAGAUCCGAGCACCAGCCGGCGCUUCAGCCCCCCCUCCAGCAGCCUGCAGCCCGGCAAAAUGAGCGACGUGAGCCCGGUGGUGGCUGCGCAACAGCAGCAGCAGCAGCAGCAGCAACAACAGCAGCAGCAACAACAGCAGCAGCAGCAGCAGGAGGCGGCGGCGGCGGCGGCAGCGGCGGCGGCAGCGGCGGCAGCGGCAGCUGCUGUGCCCCGGUUGCGGCCGCCGCACGACAACCGCACCAUGGUGGAGAUCAUCGCUGACCACCCGGCCGAACUCGUCCGCACCGACAGCCCCAACUUCCUGUGCUCGGUGCUGCCCUCGCACUGGCGCUGCAACAAGACCCUGCCCGUGGCCUUCAAGGUGGUAGCCCUUGGAGAGGUACCAGAUGGGACUGUGGUUACUGUCAUGGCGGGUAACGAUGAAAAUUAUUCUGCUGAGCUCCGAAAUGCCUCUGCUGUCAUGAAAAACCAAGUAGCAAGGUUCAACGAUCUGAGAUUUGUGGGCCGGAGUGGACGAGGCAAGAGUUUCACCUUGACCAUAACCGUCUUCACAAAUCCUCCCCAAGUAGCCACCUAUCACAGAGCAAUUAAAGUUACAGUGGAUGGACCUCGGGAACCCAGAAGGCACAGACAGAAGCUUGAUGACUCUAAACCUAGUUUGUUCUCUGACCGCCUCAGUGAUUUAGGGCGCAUUCCUCAUCCCAGUAUGAGAGUAGGUGUCCCGCCUCAGAACCCACGGCCCUCCCUGAACUCUGCACCAAGUCCUUUUAAUCCACAAGGACAGAGUCAGAUUACAGACCCCAGGCAGGCACAGUCUUCCCCACCAUGGUCCUAUGACCAGUCUUACCCCUCCUACCUGAGCCAGAUGACGUCCCCGUCCAUCCACUCCACCACCCCGCUGUCUUCCACACGGGGCACUGGGCUUCCUGCCAUCACCGACGUGCCCAGGCGCAUUUCAGAUGAUGACACUGCCACCUCUGACUUCUGCCUCUGGCCUUCCACUCUCAGUAAGAAGAGCCAGGCAGGUGCUUCAGAGCUGGGCCCUUUUUCAGACCCCAGGCAGUUCCCCAGCAUUUCAUCCCUCACUGAGAGCCGCUUCUCCAACCCACGAAUGCACUAUCCAGCCACCUUUACUUACACCCCGCCAGUCACCUCAGGCAUGUCCCUCGGCAUGUCCGCCACCACCCACUACCACACCUACCUGCCACCACCCUACCCCGGCUCCUCCCAAAGCCAGAGCGGACCCUUCCAGACCAGCAGCACUCCAUAUCUCUACUAUGGCACUUCGUCAGGAUCCUAUCAGUUCCCCAUGGUGCCGGGGGGAGACCGGUCUCCUUCCAGAAUGCUCCCGCCGUGCACCACCACCUCGAAUGGCAGCACGCUAUUAAAUCCAAAUUUGCCUAACCAGAAUGAUGGUGUUGACGCUGACGGAAGCCACAGCAGUUCCCCAACCGUUUUGAAUUCUAGUGGCAGAAUGGAUGAAUCUGUUUGGCGACCGUAUUGAAAUUCCUCAGCUGUGGCCCAGCGGUGCCCGGGGGCCACGUCCCACACGUAUCGAUAUAUACAUAUAUAGAAAGGGUGCAUAUAUAUGUAUAUUAAUUAGCUAUCUACAAAGUGCCUAUUUUUUAGAAGAUUUUUUCAUUCACUCAGUCAUGGUCUUGCAACCACGAGAGGGUAGCUAUUGAGAAGCAGAAGGCCCAAGAGAGAUGAUCACAAUCAGGUUUCAGAUUGUUGACUAUUUAAGAUGUGCUUUUGCAAAGGAACAAACAAGAGAAAAGGUAUUUUGUUGUUGUUGUUCGGUCUGUUAUCGUAAAUCACCUGUUCCUAUGCCAGUUCAGAGAGGUGGACUCCAGGUUCAGGAGAGAGAAGAGCAAAGCCGCUUCCUCUCUGUGCUUUGAAACCACACACCCUCACGGUUGCAGCUGUGUACGGACCAGUGCGCUCUGCCGACCCGCUUACAAAGCCGGUCAAGGUGCACGUAAAGGGACAAGAGGUAGAAUGGAUGCUCCCAUUGCAGUACGAUCCAUUCAGAAUCACUGUUUCAAACUUUGCUUUCAGACUUGCUGCAGGUACUCAUUUGAACUGUUUGGUUCAGUUUUUUUUUUUCCUACUCUAAGAAAGUGACUUCAAAAAUACUGAUCAGGAUAGAUUAUUUUAUUUUACUUUUGGAUACUUCCCCCCUUUCCCAUUUAACCAAAAAGAAACCCCAUCCCUAAAACCUUCCUUCUCCUUUUAUGCAAAACUGAAAAUGGCAAUACCUUAUUAUAGCCAUAAUGGUAUAGAUAGUGUUUGCGUUUGGCUGUGUGUUAUUUGUUUUUUUUUUUAAAUUAUGAAUAUGUGUAAAAUCUGAGGUAACUUGCUAACGUGAAUGGUCAUAUAACUUUAAAGAUAUAUUUAUAAUUAUUUAAUAACAUUUGGACCCUUGAAACAUUUCUUAGUGUAUUGAUAUGUUGACUUCGGUCUCUAAAAGUGCUCUUUAUUAAGUAACAAAUUUCUUCAGUGGGCUAGAGCCAUAUCUGAAAUAUUGCUAAGCAAUUUCAGUUCAUCCAUGCACAAUGUGAUUUUUAAAAGUACUUCCAUCUCCAAAUAUUUUAGAUGUAGCUUGUUUUUGUGAUGUAUGAAGGAAAUGCCAUGUUUAGUUCUUUCAGAUCUUUGAUUGCCUCUAACACAGCUUUGCCUUUUAAAGCAAUAAUUAGGGAUUUACAAAACAACUCUUAACCCUUUUUCACCUACGUUGCCCCUUAUCAGCAUGAAAUGCUAAAGUGAUGCAGUUUCCUAAUUUUGGGGGGGUAAUUAUGACUGUGGUCAUAUUAAAAAGACAAGCACAAAUGAAUCAUUGAACUGCAGAAAAAUGUUCUGUGGUUUUAUAGUUAAGCAAAACUCUAAAUCUCCAGGCUUCAUAGCGAAGACAUUAAAGUCACACAUGGGAUAAAGGAUCAAUCAUGAUACGCAUAGUACAGGAGAGCAAAAUUGCACCAGGGAUUCGCACCCAACCAGCCUUACCAAACAGUAAAUCAGGGGAACCCAAAUCUGCCUUACCCAACAGCCCCCUGGCAGCUUUCCACAGAAUUUGCAUUUAAAGGAGCAGAAAGAUGUCACUGUCUUUUGGGAACAGGUCAUCUGAAGUGGCAGCCAAGUUCCAGCAGGUAGCUGAUCGGAGAGGGCACACAUCCCGUAUGGGGACCUACAUACAGCCUUUGGCAUUUGUAUGUUAUACAAGGGAGGGCGGGGGUAUGUGCAGUUUGGUGUCUACUGCUGUGUGUGAAUUUGAGCUAGCGCCCUUCUGUAGGAUGCAUUUUGACCACUCCUGGCUACCACAUAUCAAAUCCCCAAGUGCAAAUCCUCAAUCCAAACCAGUAUCAUUUGAUGACACCAGCAGGCCAAUCCCUGCUCUCUGCCCACACAGGUCAGGGCCCCUUCAUGUGAAUCCUGUGCCCUCCCAAGCAGAACUUAGCAGAGAUUUUCCUCCAGCCCCCAGAAGCCUCCUCGCUCUCUAGUCAUUCUCAAGCCCACCUUUGUAGGUUGCCCAGCAAUGCAGGACAGCUUUUGUGGGGCGAUUGGACCUGUGCUUCUUGCCUAGGAGUCUCCCUUGGAAUUCGUCCUGACUCCUAAUAAAAAUUGAAGGGAAAACAGAACAAAACACUUUGCCUUCUAAAGGUUGUAUACCAAGUAUGCUUAGAAAAAUAAGCCACUUUUCUAUUCCUUAAGUAAGAUGGAAGUAGUAAUUGAUACUAUUUAUUGUUUGUGUGUGGUAGCUUGAAGCACACCACUGUCCAUUUAUUUGUAAGUGUAAAAUAUGUGUGUUUGUUUCAGCAGCACUUAAAAAAGCCAGUGUCUGGUUACACAUUUCAAUUUUAAUUAAUUGACAUAAAAAUGUUACCACCAGCUGCAUCCUAUUUAAUAAAAAAGAUACUAUAUUUGUACAUUAUUUUUUAAUGUUAAAAGGGCUUUUUUAAGUUUAUGGUACACAUACUAAGUGACUUUCGGGAUGCUUUUGUGUUGAAAUGUAAUUAUAGUGGCUGCAGGCAGCAACCCAGAAACACUUUAAAAGUUUUUUUUUCCUUGGGAAAAAUUCAAGCACUUCUUCCCUCCAGCCUCACUCCAACCACCCCAAUGGAGUAAUUCACAUUUCUUAGAACAAAUUCUGUCCUUUUUUGGCCUAGGGGUUAAAAUUUUGUGGGUUUUUUCUUUUUUUCUUUCCUUCUCUUUUUCUUUUUACUGAACCCUUAAUUUGCACUGGGUCAUGUGUAUGAUUUGUGAUUUCAAGACCAAAGCAAAGUCUAACUACUACUAUGGAACCAUGUACUAGUCAACACUCUAUUUCCUGGGGGUUAAAAUAGCAUGGUUCCGUAUGCAGCACAAACACUGCAGGAAUUCACAGCGUGACCAACACAGCCACAUUUUUAUCCUAAAUUUCAGUUGUCUCACAAAUUUUAACCUAUGUCAGAGUUCCAGAACAGGUACUACAGCUUUGGUUUUAGAUGAGUGGAAUGACAUCCAGCCUGGAACUGAGAGACUCAACAGAUGAUUGUUUCUCUUUGGGCUGUUUCACUAACCGCACCCCCCCCUCCCCUGUCCCCACCCAGGGCCCUUUAAAAAUGAGCAGAGAAAUCCCACUAGGGACCAUCCAUGGUAAUUCAGAAGGGAGGAGAUGUGUGAGCUGGCUUAAAGGGUUCCCUCCAUUUCUGAGAAAAGAGACUGGCCCAGAAUAUAGGUGAAUACAUGGAAACACAAAGCAUUAGCAAAAGUAAUCAUUAUACCUACGGUAUUUGAAAGAACAAUAAUAAACACAAUAAAGAUGAUCCUUCCAAACCUUGAAUUUGUUGUUCUUAAAAAGAUAAUGCAUUUAAAAAAAUAUUUUCUAUGUGAGAAUUUUUUAGAUGUUUGUUUACUUCAUGUUUACAAAUAAUUGUUUGCUUUUUAAUGCAGUACUUUGAAAUAUAUCAGCCAAAACCAUAACUUACAGUCAUUUCUUAGGUAUUCUGAAUAAAAUUCCAUUUUCUGGAUAUGCUUUACCAUUCUUAGAUUUCUGUGGAACGAAAAGUAUUUGUAGCGUUUUGUGUAAAUACAAGCUUUCAUUUUUAUUUUUUCCAAUUGCUAUUGCCCAAGAUUUGCUUUCCAUGCACAUAUUGUACAAAUUCUGCUUUGUGCCACAGGUCAUGAUUGUGGAUGAGUUUACUCUUAACUUCAAAGGGACUAUUUGUAUUGUAUGUUGCAACUGUAAAUUGAAUUAUUUGGCAUUUUUCUCAUGAUUGUAAUAUUAAUUUGAAGUUUGAAUUUAAUUUUCAAUAAAAUGGCUUUUUUGGUUUUGUUA